AUUUCGUGCAGUUGUGAGAAAUGAGAGCUGUCAUCUGAAAAUUUAUCAAAAUAGAAGAAAUAAAGGAGAGGACAGGGAUGUUUCCGACCAAUUAGUGAAGAUGUAAACAAAUAUAAUGGCUGAAGCAAUAGUAACAGACUGGUUAGCAGAUUAUUCUGCAUUAGAGCCCUCCGAGCUGCAUACUUUUGCUGCUAUGCAUGAAAAUAAUCAGGAAAUAGCUGAUGCAUUGUAUACAAUCUUAAAUGAAAGACUUAAAUACCCAGAUUUAAUACAUUCAAUAUGUCACCAGUUUUACAGUUUUUAUCGUUCGGACGAGGAAUUCUUGAAAAGAUUCACGUUACAAUUCAUUCCAGUACUAAUUUAUAUAUACCUUUCAUCAGUAGCUAUGGGAGAUAAGAAAAGCUGCAGAAGCGUAGAGACCCUAUUAAUAAGUGUAUAUAACGUAGAGGUUAGCACAGAAGACGGCGGUCAGAAAAUAGUCUCAUUUCGUAUGCCGGUGUUGGCGCAAGCCUCCAUUUAUCAUGAAGAAAAAAGUUUACACACAACAGAUCUGCGCAGAUGGGAAGAAAAUAGCAACCGCGAUGUGAAAUGGGGUCCGCUACCGCAAGUUGAAUCAAUAAAUGCUCAGAAUCGGAUGAAAAUUAUGACGGCCCUCUUAUUUGCAUAUAAUCAACAAUUGUGUCUUAUGCAAAAAUGCACUCUCCUUCAUCUGUGCAAAAUUGCGUCGCAGUUAGUCAAUCAAGGGUUUUCGAAACCAGGCCAUGCACACCGUUCUUCGUACGGAACCGAUCCAAAUUCGACGAUCAUGCCAAAGCCUACUCCUCGUAUCCCAGUCUCAUCGCAAUUUCUUUUAGAACUUGUACAUGCUAUUUAUUUUGCAAUGUUCAAUGAGUUUGGUUCGAUCGCGAUACAGACAUUAGAUGAUAUACAUAAUCGUGGAUGCUAUGAAAUGUUUUCUGAUUUAAUUAUUGUUACAAAUGCUAUACGAAAUUCACUUCAUGCGAAUCCAUCAGGCCAACCGAGUGAUGGCCCGAUGGGAUUAAGUGUAGCACUAACGCCAGCUACAAACACGGUAACCGUUUCGAAAUCAAUGAUUACAAAUGCGUCAUUCCGAACGAAAAAACUGCCAGACGAUCUUGACAUGGAGUUCCUGGCUAGUUUGCCCAAUCAGCAUCAAAUCGUAGAUAGAAUUGAAGCCGGUGAAAUGGGUUUUACUAGUGGCGAUGAGAACCCCACUCACAAAGAUUUGAGCAAGAAAGUGGAUAUGAUAAACUUUCGUCGAUGGAAGAACUGGGGAUUUAAAUAUAGUCCCGGUAGCAAAACUUCAAGCAUUGAAGAAGAACCAGAAUCACCAAAAAAAUCGCUCUCGUCAUCGAAAAAUUCGAGUCCGAAUGCGUCGCCGAAGCAUAAAAAAUUGCCACUGAAAGACGAGGUGCUAAUGUCGUUAGCUACAACAGUGCGGCGGAAAAAGGGCCCAAACGCCUCGAAUAGCAAACAAAGCAAGGAUAAUCGUUCCAGUGCCGGGGCGCGUCUAUGCCAGACGUUGAGCGAUUCGAAUGAAGAGUCAGAGGAUGAAAUGCACGCGCUAUUAGGGAACGGCCGACCAGCUAGUAUUCAUGUUGUUCAAACGGCCGGAGAUGAUAUACCUAUACAAGGGGCUAAGGAUGAAGGUGGUGCCUUGAUGAGUAUUACAGAAGAAGCUGGCGAACAAACAGCGAAUGUGGGGAAUCGAAAUACGGUAGUGCGUUUAAGUAAAGAUGGUUUGAAGCCGCAUAAAGCGCUAAUGGCUGGUUUCAAAAAGUCAAAAGAUAAAGAGAAGGAAAAGGAUCCGAAACCGGCCUCAGCGAAAAAUGGAAAUAUUAGUGACAUAAAAGAUACCAAGCAACCAACAAAACGCGAUAAGCUUGCUAGUCGAGGAUCAGUGCAGCUUACAGCAAGUGGUGAACUGGAUGUUUUGGAAAAAUCUAGUCCAUUGGCAAACAUUAAAUCAAAGAUUAUCGACUCUACGGCUAACGUUCCAAGUGCAAAUACAACCAGUAUAGCUGAUAUAAUGCCGUUACAAAACCUAACAAAUGGCGGUUUCAACGAUGAAAAAGUGGGGUCGGAUUCAAUUACCAACAGCUGUGACGCAUCUGAUUCUAUCGGCUCGAGCACAGAUGUUUCCAGCAAUCAGAGACCAUCUCUAGCACUUGUUGAUCCCCAUGCGCAUAUUCAAAUAAGUCAGGUUUAAAACCGAAAUACUAUAUUUAUUUUAUAUUGUUUUGAUUAGGAUGCCUAUGCAACAAUUGUUAUCUUUUUUAGUUUCACGUUUUAUUAUUAUUCCACGUGGCAUUGUAAGCAUACAGUACUUGUAACUGUUUGCAAAACCUAGUUGUACUGCAAACAAGUGGAAUUUCGUUAAGUUUGCUAUAGUCCUGGAAAAUUAUGUCAUCCUUUAUUGAACACUUGUUGCAAAAUUAUGACCGUUAUUAUAUAACUAAACUCAACAUCAAUUUUUCAUUGUUUUUAGACUUGUUUUAAAACUGUAAAAUUACAAAAUACAAUAACUAUUUGCACAUUUUAAUAUAACUUCAUUUUUCUCUAACAAUAUCAACUACGCCUCGCGAACUAUUGGCAGUAUGUUCCAAUUUAUAUAAUUUAAUCCGUCUCCUUACUUUAAUUUUCGUAGCCUAAUAACCAUAACACACACCCUUAAGAAUCUUUUCUCGGAAUAUAUGCAUAGGACGGAAGCUUUGUUUUUACGGAUUGAGGGAUCGAUAAGAUGAUGUUUAACAUUCAGUGGAAAUAUAUAUUUAUAUACAUACUUAUUGACUAUUUGAUGACUUAGAUAUGAACAAAAUCUAUAUGUUAAAAAGAAUAUAUAUAUUUAAAAUUGUUGGGUUGUGCUGAUAUGCCAUUUGUGAGAACUGUAUGAAUUACCAUGUAUUUUCCCUUUUGGACUUGUAUUAUAUAAAUAUAAAAAGGUAUAUAUCGCUUCCCCAUAUUGUAAUAAAGUAAAAUUGUACACUACACUGCCUUUUUCUGGCAGAGAAUCGAAAAGUAGAAAAUCAUAGAUUAUUCCUUUGAAGAAAUCCGGACAUUUUAAUAUGAAUACUCAUUUUAGCUAAACCUUAUGCGAAAUUGAAUUUCAGUUUGGGUACAAAGUAUUAAGUGCAUUUAAUUUGCGGACUGGUUGAUUUAAACUUGUAAAAUAUGUCUGAAUAUUUAUGUAAAAAGGGUUUAAGAGAAAUAUAUGAAAUUUGAAAAGGAGAUCAAAUCAGUAGAUAGAUUACAUUACAUUUAAUGUGAAUAUUGUACAUAUUGCUAAUUUGGUCAGAAUGAGCUAACUUUUAUGGUGCGUCGAAAUUUUAGAAAGUUUUUGUUUUUUUGUCAAUAAUGUGAACAUUUUUUGCAGUAUGAAGUGAGUGGCCACUGAUGAUCUCAUGUUGCUCUUGUUAUUUGGUAGCGAUUUUCCCUUAGUUUUCCAUUUUUGAGCGAUGCGGAUCUCUGGCAAUGCUCGAAAUACCUGAGACUAACUAUCCCCUUCUUCAGUGAAGAUAAAACACUGAAGAAGGGGACAGUUGGUCCCCGAAAUACGUAUUUGUAUAGAUUAGAUACUUUUAGCCAAUAAAAUGGAAAAGUAUCUCUGUUUUCGGGAGUUAUUUAUUAUAAACUUCGACGUUCAUCCGGGAAGUACACAAAUAAUCAAAUCAUGUUUGUAUAGCUGCACACAUCAACCCGGAAUAUUUUUGAGUAACGAAAGGGUGUAUAUCACUAUGUACCAGUCAUCUCAAGAAUUUUUAGUGAUAUAGCGCUACUUUAUAUUUUCCCCCACAAUCCAUUGUGUUUCAGUUGUACAGUCAUUGUAUUAUUUAUGGCUUAUGAUGCACCAUGGUUGUAUUUUUAAGGUGAAUAAAAUUUGGUGGUCAUAUGGGGACUAUGAAAUCCAAAGUAUACAGUGAGUGACAUAAAUUUGUGCGGAGUUUCGAGUCGGAGUAGAAUUUUUUUCUUCAAAUCUGUAUAGGAUAUCAAAUGGAAUGUCUCAAUUAGUAGUUUCAUGAGCAAAUUUUUGUUUUAACAUCCACCGUAAAAUAGAGAAGUCAAAAACUAUAAAUUUAAAAUGAGACAGGGAUCAGUUUCAAAAAACACAAAAAUCUGUAAAAAUUCACGAUGACGAUGAAAUCUUGGCCUAAAAAUACAUCUUGUUCCGAUAUCUUCUCAAAUGAGCUUAAUAAUAGUAUACUAUCAAUUUUUUCAAAAUAAUAUGAAGCCAGAUACUAAUGGAAGUGGACUACUAUCUAAGCAGUAGUUUCCAGAACUAAAUAGUAGUGCAAGUGGUUCUUGAAAAGUGAUCGACAAUUGAAAUAAAUUUUAACUAUGCACUGUAAUGCACUCAAUAUUCCUCACACCUGAAGCGUCCAGCUUCCGCUUGUUUAAGUAUAUUCCUGUUCCAGUUGCUACUGAGCUUUUUUUUAGCGAUUAUCAUUUGAAGACGAAAAAAUGUCCGAUAUUGAAUGUUAAUAAAAAACCCGAUAUUACCACAGCUGAAGCACAGACAAUAUAUUAUGUAUGCUUGUUAUACAAAUGUCCAGGAAUAGCUUAUUGUAAAUUAUGAAUACUGGUAGUUCUUGGAGAUAACACGUGUGUUACCACUAUAUUAUCAGCUCGCCUGUCCUUUCUGGCUUAUUUAACGUCGUUCGAAGCCGUGCUUGAAGAAAUACAUUUUGUGGAAUAAGUACCCGAAAUUUUUAAAGAAAAACACAUAAGAUCGAAUUUUCAUCCAAAUUUAUUGCAUUGCCUUGUGAUGUGAUCUAUCUAAGGUGAUACAUUUAUGCCACUCAUGCUCUUUUUACAAGUCCAUUUUCGUGUUUCUUUUGUCAAUUUGAUUUUAUGACAAUUAUCUCAAACCAUGUAAUAUCAAAAUGAGUUUUUGGAGCAGGAAAAACUCCAUUCGGUGCUAAAUCCGUGGAGAACGAUGCUUGGUCAAUGUCAUUUAUCGUGAUAAAAAAUCUGUUCACAAUAAUGGCUUCUUAUCGUGGUGCAAAAUCCGAGAAUUGUUUGCUUACGACGACGAUUCCCCUUCAAACGCUUUAUUGUCGGCCUUUUGGGAGAAAUUCAAAAUCAACCACGCCACGGCAAUCAAAGUGUCCUUUGAUGACUAUUAGCGAAUCUUUCCUUUUCUCUGCUUCUUCCGUGGACCUGUUUGUAUGGAAUACUGAUACACUUCUCAUCUGUCCUUAUGGUGCGUUGACGAAAAAAAAGGUCUUCAGUAACUGAUGUUUAGUGCUGUUUUUGUAAAAAAUCGAUUCUUUUCGAGCAAGUGGUUGAUAUCACACGACUCAUACUCAAAACAAAAACUACAUUUAAUUGACCUGUCUCGUGAGAAUUGUUCAGUUCACAAGUUAUAAUAUCGAUUUUUGAGCACAACUUCCUUCCCUCUAUCAAAGUUUUCAUGAGUAACCGCUCGAGGACUGAUAUGAGUGGUUUGUAUCAUAUUUAUCAUCAUCAUAUGAUUUAGUGCACACUGUGCAAUGGACGGCUGGGGCGUCAGUUUCACCAUCUCGUCGUUGCGCCUCGGGUUCGAAUUCCGGCUAUAGUCAUGGAUGCUUGUGAUUGUAUAAAAGGAUUAGUACACAAUGGGCCUGCUAAAGCCUGAGUCGUGGAACUAUGAUUCCUCCUUAAAAAACACAAAAUGUUAGGCAAGAUCAUUGCUCCAGAAAAUUAUGUACGGCGAAAAUCGCAGCUGCUCUUGCGGUAGACUAAUUGAUUUGCAUUGAACAGCAUGCAGUAAAUAUUUGAUUGUAUGUUGAAAUUUCACGAAAACACUUCUGCAUCAGGCUAUCGCAGUGGAUAUCUCCGCAAACUAUCAAACAUCCAAGUUUCGUAUCCAUGUUACUUUUCAUGUGCGUUAUGUAGAUAAACAUCUUUUGGGCCAUUAACUUUGCUCCAACAGAAGUUUUGGCAAUAGGCGUAACUUUUGCCGGAACUCGAAUGUAGCACCGCGAUUAGGACUGACUUAUAUCAAUGAAUGAUGUUUCAACACCUAAACACUACUUUAGGUCUCCGAUGUUAAGAUGCAAGAUAUGUGCAUGCCACUUUGUAGCUGGCGUACUGUACUUGAAGUCGCUAAUGUAGGGUUAUCACUUGCACAUCACUGUUUGAUGAUAAUGAAAUUGAAGCACAAUCUCAUUGAAAAUGAAAUGUUUAAAAAAGUAUAAAAUCAUUCCAGCUUGUUGAUGUAUUGUAUGUCCUAUCAAAGUUUACCCAUCGUGUGCAGAUCCGUAGAUGGCACUGAGCGGUUAUUAAACCCAUCAGUGUCAUCAUUUUGAUUUUGUUCAUUUUCAGGAUUUCUGUGUUGUUUUUCUUUUUCGCUGGUAUAGAUGUUUAUUCUUGUAAAUACCGAUAUUUCGGGAACCAUUUGUUUCCUUCAUCACUGCCAACAAGUCUUCUGUGGUCCGUUCAUUUGUAAAGCAUUAAUUCGCUGUAACACAUUGCUGUUUCCCAUCGAUAAAUUAUAAUAGUUGUUUGAUUUCCCGCUACGUUAUGAUUUUUUCAGCUGGGAAUUUCCUAAUUCCAAAUGUCUUGGUCCGUAAAGAGUUGUUGGGAACGUUUCUUGUAAAUGAAUCCACUUUUCUUAUUGUUGUCAAUGCUUUGCUAUACACUUUAACAUUAACAGUUUUAUAUAUCAAAGUUCCAUAUAUGAAUUAGCUACUGUUCUGUAAUCCCUUUUAAGAUUUUGUGU